GUCACUUUGCUGCCCGGCGUCGAGCCGCACGGGCGAUUGGGAGAGGGUCGCGUGGCUCCGGGGUCUGUUUUCCAAGGGGUUUUGGAGACCCGAGGCGAGCCUCGGCCUCGGUGUUGCACGGGUGACCGUGUGGGGCGGUGGGCCGCGCCCCGCGCCCCUGCUGCAGCCCGCGGUCAGCUCCCUGAGUAUUCGACUGACUGGGCUGGGACCGGCGUCCCUGGGCCGUCCGCCUCUCUGCCACACCCAGGCUGCAGGGUCCGAUGGCGGCGGCGGCGCUAAGCCACCUCCUACCGGGCCUGAUGGCGUUCGAGGACGUGGCCGUGUACUUCUCCCAGGAGGAGUGGGGGCUCCUGGAUGCAGUCCAGAGGGCCCUGUAUCGUCAUGUGAUGCUGGAGAAUUUCGCACUUGUGGCCUCACUGGGGCUGUCUGCUUCCCCACCUCAUGUGGUCGUCCAGCUUCAGCGUGGGGAGGAGCCCUGGGUUCCCAGUGGGCUGGACGUGACCUCAGCCAGGAACGGACACAGAAGGCCCAGCCUCAGUUCCCGGCGCCUAGCAGAGAGCAGAGAUGUUUCUGGAAAAGCAGCGUCACCAGCAGCCUUCCUGGACAGCCCCUCUGGGAUCUCUGCCAGUGUCCUCCCUACUGCUGGUGCCUGCCACACUGCAGAAUGCCUGGAGGAACGACGAGGUGCCCCCCUGUCUCAGGAGAGGAAACCCACGGGCGUGUCCGUGAUCUACUGGGAGAGGCUUCUGCUAGGCUCCGGCAGUGGCGAAGGGAGCGUCAGCCUGCGACUGACUUCAGCCCUGAGGGCUCCUGAAGGCAGCCCGUCCACGGCGAAGGCCCUCACGGCCAGCACCACACCAGUGAAGCCGCCGAGGGCCUCCGAACGGCAGAAGUCAUGCACGCGGGAAGGCUCCGGGAGACCCUUCCCUGGUGUUCCAGACCUCGAUGUUGUGCACGCUAAAGGGGAACACAGAGUGGUGGGUGCAGCUUGGCACGAGCUUCAGAGGCUCCCAAGUGGCCAGGACCCCCCAGCCUGGAAUGAGCUGGGUGAGGCCCUCCAUACCGGCUCUGGUGCCCUCCCUGGAGACAAGCCUUUUGAAUGCCGGGCGUGCAGCAAAGUGUUCGUGAAGAGUUCAGACCUGCUCAAGCACCUGCGUACACAUACCGGGGAGCGCCCAUAUGAAUGUGCCCAGUGCGGCAAGGCCUUCAGCCAGACGUCCCACCUGACACAGCAUCAGCGCAUCCACAGUGGCGAGACGCCCUACGCGUGCACAGCGUGCGGCAAGGCCUUCCGGCACAGCUCCUCCUUGGUGCGGCACCAGCGCAUCCACACGGCCGAGAAGUCCUUCCGCUGCAGUGAGUGUGGCAAGGCCUUCAGCCACGGCUCCAACCUCAGCCAACACCGCAAGAUCCACGCAGGCGGACGGCCCUAUGCCUGCACGCAGUGUGGCCGCCGCUUCUGCCGCAACUCCCACCUCAUCCAGCACGAGCGCACGCACACAGGCGAGAAGCCCUACGCGUGUGCACUCUGCGGCGCUGCCUUCAGCCAGGGCUCGUCACUCUUCAAGCAUCAGCGUGUGCACACCGGCGAGAAGCCCUUCUCCUGUGGCCAGUGCGGCCGGGCCUUCAGCCACAGCUCCAACCUGACGCAGCACCAGCUGCUGCACACUGGCGAGCGACCCUUCCGCUGCGGAGACUGUGGCAAGGCCUUUGCCAAGGGCGCUGUGCUGCUCAGCCACCGGCGCAUCCACACCGGGGAGAAGCCCUUUGUGUGUACGCAGUGCGGCCGCGCCUUCCGCGAACGCCCAGCCCUCUUCCACCACCAGAGGAUCCACACGGGGGAGAAGGCCGUGCGGCGGCCCAGGGGCAGCCUGCGCACCCAGGCUAGGCCUCCUCCAGGGGUAUCCUCUGACAGUGUAUCCAGGAAAGAAGCUGAGGCCACUCCCUCCUCGGGCCCACCCGCCGUUCCAAAGCCAGCUGAGACCUGAGGUCGCAGCACCACAGGUCUCUGCCUUGUGUGAAUCCCUUCCAUGGCUAGAUGGCAGAUGUGCUCUGCAAAUCCACCAUGGAAAGAAGCCUUGCACACGUGAGCCUGGGGUGAGAGAGAGACUCCGUGUGGUUCCUUUUGCACGCUGUGAGAGGACUUGUCAUUCUAGCCACAGGUCACACCUCUGUCUCCAAAGAGGUCAUUCAACAUCAAGGCCAUGCACCUGGCUGCUGGGGCUUUGGAGGGGGAGACUAGUUGGAGCCAUGGGAGGCCGACAGAGGCAGCCCUGCCUGAUGGUGCCACUUCGGAUAUUAUGACUCUGGAUGCUAAGGUAAGGAGGGGGAAUGCCAGUACAGAGAGGGGGCAACCCAGAGGAAUUUCUGACACUUCCACACAAACACUGAGCAAGAAAUUGGGGAUAUUCCUCUAGGGCCUCUGUUCAUCCAAGGCUCCCUGGGGGCCAGCCCAGGAGACAGGAGGCCCCAGGGGAAUGCAGGUCAGGGGUGAGCCUGGCGCAAGGAGCUGGGCUCUGAGCCUUGGCUUCCUCCUCUGAGAAAAAGAUGUGAGCCCACCAAGCGUAUUGGCAGACACCCUGCUGGGCAGGCUCCUAUUAAGGGCCAAAACGUGUUUGCUGCAGCCCCUGUUGACUUCUGGGCAUCUCCUCCUAACAGCCCUGUGAGGUGGCUGCUGUGGCUGUGUAUCUCCAAUUCAAAGAGGAGGAAACAGGCACAGAGAAGGGAGGGGAGGAGCCCAAGUGGACUGGCCCAGCAUCUGGAAGCCUUGUCCCUCCUUGAGUCUGCCAGGUAUGAGACCCUGGCCUGGCUCCCCACAGACUCAAGAGGUGGAGGCCCUCAAGGGACUGUGUGACUCUUCAGCGUUGGAAAGGCAAAUCCAGAAUGACGGCUUCAGUAGCGCUGAUUCACAUUUUCAUGCAUGCGUCUGUGAUGGACAAGCCCUUAUCCUACCUCUUGUUGCCAAAGUCAGUGUUACGAGGAACCUUGACAUCCAAGGUGUUGAUUGUAACCUCGGAGGAGACAAGGGAAAGCUGCUCGUUACUGCUGGGUUUGGUGGCCACGUGCCCGCCUGUUCUCCCAGCUAAACUGGAAGAUGGACAGAGCUGAACAAGGAGGACUUGCUGUUACCUAAGACCCUGUGUAAUACCCCUCUGAGAUGCCCCCGCGCGAGGCUUCCAGAUUAGGGAACAGAAGAAUGGAGUAGGGUCCAGUUUGCUUCCUAUGGCCUUCAGCACACCAAGCCCCAUCCCAACCUGGGGCCUCACCUCCAGGGAAGUUAAUGGUUUUACUGGACAAAAAUCUAGCAUUUACAACGUGGAAUGGAGGUAAGUUGUAAUUUCUUGCAGCAGCAUGGAAAUCUGUAGCUUCCUCUCUCAACUCCAGGGUUUGGUCCAGAUUCUCACAAGAAUUCAGAGGCUCUCUGAUAAAUAUCUGUUGUUAAAGAUUUUUGUGAACAGUAAUAGUCUGUAGCCCGUUACACUCUAAUACAAUGCAGAUAAUAUUAAAUGAAUGUAUGCAGAUAUACCAUCAGGGUGUUGUUACAGAUGUUUGGGGAUUUAGCUUCAACCUGGGUCCCUUCACGAGGCCUGAUGAGGGACUGGGGCACCUGCAUCUGAUGGCCAGCAUGUGGUGCGACCAGGAGACCUGGGUGGAGCAUGCAGCUCUGCUAGAAGCUGAGCCUUUGUGGAUCUAAGCUACUGGGGAGUGGUGGCUGGGGAAGCCAAAAGAAGGUUGUGUACCACCUGCUGCUGAGGCGGAGUGGGCAUGACCACAUGUAGUGACCUGCCAAAGCUGAGUCCAGCCCAGCGGGUGCUUCACUCCCGUCACCUCCUAGGGAAAUACAGCACAGACAUGGCUGUCCCACCUGCCCACCACUGGGACCAAAUUAAUCAUCUGCCCCUUGCGCCUCAGAAGUUCCUGCAAGGUAGGGAAGUAUGCAGGACCCGGCUUCUCAAGACCCUGCAAAGGCAGGUCCUCCAAGCCAGGCCCAAUAGCCUGCAGGCCCUGAGCCACUUCCACCUUUCUUGUAUAUUCAGUCUGCAGAGUUGUGAAAUGCAGACAGAUUCCCUAUCCUGCCCGACAGAGGACUCUUCUGGGGGAGUCUGGGAGUCAGGAGAACAAGGGUAGACCCAGAGUCACAUGGAACUCUCCCCAUCCUUGAACAGAAGCUCCAGAGCUGUUUCUGAGCCCUCAGGCUGAGCUCCGUGCCGGGUACGAUUUCCCCACCAGCCUGCCUCCAUCAAGCUACUUCCCACCUGUGCUUUUGCCACUGAUGGCAACUCAGCUCCUCCACUGUCCAGAUCUGCCCUUCUCAAUACUCGGAACUUGUCAAUGGACCCAACCUGGGCUCCAUCCUCCUGUGGCUUGUCCUCUCCUUUACCCUAUGCCAGCCUCUCUAGUCAGGUUGGGCUAGCUACUCUGCUCUUAAUCCUGAAGUAGCCCUGAUGCUAAAAGUGUUCCUAAGUUUUCUGGGCCAAAAUGUUGAACAAAGGGUGGGUGUUUGGCUUAGCAGUAAAGAUACACAUAGAUGCCCUUAAAUUAGAGUACCUGGGUUCAAUUCCUGGUUCUGGUUCCUGAUUCCAGCUUCCUGCUGAUAUCCUGAGAGGUAGCAGUGAUGGCUCAAACAGUUGAGUUAGCAGGUGAGAGACCUGGACUGAGUUCCCAGCUCCCAGCUCCAUCUCAAGCCAUGACUAUAGUAGGCAUUUCAGGAGCGAGCCAGCAGAUGGGAUCUCUCUUUGCCUCCCUUCUUCCCUGUCUCUCCUCCUCUCCUCUUUCUCUCAAAUAAAUUAAUUUUAAAAAAAGUGUUGGACCAGAGA